UUUUUUUUUUUCUUUUUUCUACUUCUUAACAUCAUAACAGAUCUAAGCCCAAUACAAAAAAGCCCAAGUUAAACUUUCUGGCUUGUUCAAAAAGAAAAAGAGAAAAUAAGAAAGUGUUUUUGCGAGUAUUGGAAACAAAACUCAAUUACUUUGAUCUCAGAAAUCGAAAUCGAAAAAUCUGUCAUCAUGUUCAGAAACCAAUACGACACCGACGUUACCACAUGGGCACCGGCGGGAAGACUCUUCCAAGUAGAGUACGCCAUGGAAGCAGUUAAACAAGGUUCAGCCGCAAUCGGUCUCCGAUCUAAAACUCACGUGGUUCUCGCGUGUGUUAACAAAGCAAAUUCUGAACUUUCUUCUCAUCAGAAGAAGAUCUUUAAGGUUGAUGAUCAUAUCGGUGUUGCUAUCGCCGGUCUCACUGCUGACGGUCGUGUUCUUUCUCGUUACAUGCGAUCUGAAUGCAUUAACUAUAAUUACACUUAUGAAUCUCCACUUCCGGUUGGUCGUUUGGUUGUUCAGCUUGCUGAUAAGGCUCAGGUAUGCACUCAGAGAUCAUGGAAGCGUCCUUAUGGGGUUGGUCUUUUGGUAGCUGGAUUAGAUGAAUCAGGGGCUCACCUCUAUUACAACUGUCCAAGCGGAAAUUACUUCGAAUAUCAGGCUUUCGCAAUUGGUUCACGUUCACAAGCGGCGAAAACGUAUUUGGAACGCAAGUUUAACAACUUCACGGCCUCCUCCCGGGAAGAUCUGAUCAAAGAUGCACUCAUUGCAACUAGGGAGUCCUUGCAAGGUGAAAAGCUCAAGAGCUCCGUAUGCACCAUUGCUGUGGUUGGAGUCGGUGAGCCAUUCCACAUUUUGGAUCAAGAAACUGUUCAACAGUUGAUCGAUACUUUUGAGAUUGUGAGGGAGGAAGAAAUUGCACCUGCUGAUCCUGAGCCAGCAGCUGAGCAAGGUGCUGCCGCAGAUCAAGGUGGUACUGAAAACCAAGGUGGCGCUGAAAAUCAAGGUGGUUCUCCAAUGGAUAUUUGAUGAUAACAAAUCUGAAUAGGUUUCAUGUGUGUCAUAGGAGAUCUCUUUGAUGGAUUUUAUUUGCUUAAUCUUGUUUGUUUUUAAAUUAAUCCAUGGCUGAUCAUUGUGAACAUUGUAGUAGCUGCUUUUGAUGGAUUUGAACACACUAUUUACAAUAUUCUCUAUGAGACAAUUAAAUGAAUUUUUAUAUAUUGUUAUAAA